CGUUCCUCUCUUUCUCUGCUGCUGCUGCUGCUGCAUCCUGUUGCUCAGAGGGUGUGGGGGAGAUGCCAUGUCUCCUUGUGCUGCAACCACAAACACCCAGUGCUUCUGUUGAUCCUGCCGCGACGCCAGUUUAGGUACCGCUGUGGGAUGUCUACCCCAGCGAGCCAUGGUAUCGCGGGCUGGGUUGUUCCAAACGCAAACAUGAACGUAAAAUUCGAUUUCGUUGCCGGCGGACGUUCUCCGCCAUCGUGCCCAUCACCCGUUGAUGGCGUAAAGCGCCUUGGAGGUAGGGGAUGCAACUCCAGGAAAAGCUGGAACACGAUGAGUACGUCCACGCGUAAAGGAAUUGCUCUGAGCCCUCUGUCUCGACUACGACUGGAGGAGGAAGUCGAGGAUGGGCUCUCCACCCAGGCGCGCCGGCCGACGCAGACAAGUGCGUUUGACUUACCGAACCUUGUCCCGAUCGAGGACGAGGAUCUCAUCUACAAGAAUCAUCACUUUGCGGAGCGGGCGAACUGGCUUGUGCCCGGCAAGGUGCUGCUGGGGAAGUACCCUGGACAGAUACCGGCCGACCUGACGACGGGACCGACCGUACAGAUCGCUCGCGACCGUGUGCUGGACAUUGUCUUAAGGGGCGGGGUAACGGACCUCUACUGCCUGCAGGCGGAGCUUCCUCCACAGGACGACGAGAGUCAAUGGGGCCCUCCGGCUGAUAAGGACGACAACGGCAUGUUCUUUUCGGGGUUCCGUGCUUACCGGGGAGAUGCCGUGGCCGCUGUAGCCGCCGCCGCCGCCGCCGCUACCCACGCUCCUGCUUCUGGUUCUGCGGCAACCUUGACGAUCUCGAGUCAGGUGGAGGGAGACUCAGACCAUAGCGGGAACGUCGCUGUUAACGUCGGUGCAGACAACAGCGAGGAGGAAGGGGGGGGGGGGCGAGAACAACAAGGGCAGGGGACAGGGGAGGGGGCGGCGGAGGUAGUGCUGGGAGCGAGGGGGGAGGAAGGGCUUGCGUUUCACCACUUUCCCAUACCGGACCUGUCGCCGGCGGAGAACACGGAGAUUCUGGCGGGGCUGGUGGACGAGCUGGAGGCCCUGGUUAGGUCAGGAAAGGUGCCCUUCAUCCACUGCUGGGCUGGUAGGGGCAGAACAGGUCUCAUCGCAUCCUGCCUUUUGGGACGGCUGUACCCGGAACUAAGCGCCGAGCAGUCGCUCAACCGGGUGGACCGUUACUAUCGUACCAGGGGCACCGUGGCGAUCGGAAAAUCUAGCCGCGUCUCCCCCGAGACACCGGAGCAGGAGGAACAAGUCCGCCUGUUUUUCAAGCAGGUGUUGAACCGUGAUUGAACACACACUGGUUGAUCGUUGUGACAUUUUGUUCGAAAGAGUGACAAAUCCCUUAUUCUUGUAGCCAUGAUGUCUUUCGCGCAACAGCAGGGUAUGUGGGGAUCGUAUUUACUGAGCACGUUAUAGCAGGUGUUUGACUCUGUGUUUCACACGGGUCCGCCCUCGCCCCCCCCCUGGCAUGUGUAUUCUGUUUGGCAAGAGUCCUAUUUUAGGAAGCACACAGUACGGCAUUCUUUCGCGGCAGGCAAAAUUAAGAGGUAGACGCCGAAAAGGUUACAGUAGGAGAACCGACUCAUGAAAAAGAGACGGAAGAAAUCUAAAAGGAAUUUUCUUGUUCGACAAGAUUUCUGGACACGUGACCAUGUUUGUUUACGUCGUUAUGAAAACGGGCUGGGUGGCACUUGUGCCAGUUUUGUUGGACAUGUCUCAGCGUGGAUCUCGGGUGCCCCGCACCAUCCACUUCUGCUUCGUAGUUCGAUCGGAGAAUCUCGCCUUGCGGUGCGAUACAAGUAUCCUACAGGCCUCUUGUUCUAUUUUAUCACAAAGCAGGACGGGUGGGCUGCGGCGAGGACGACCUCGUGUUCUUGAGAUGGCAGGUCUUGUUUUCAGUUGGGGACAAUAAAGUCAAGAGACCGAUGAUAAUUCGUGAGUCUAACAACGCCUUUAUUUUCAAAACUUUCAUCGGGGUCGGAUGCUUUUGUUGGCCGACCAUUUUUUUGCGUGUACGGGUCUCGAGCGUACACGGCCGGCGGCCUCGAUUUUUUGUCGUUGUUUUUCAUAGAUUGGUUCAUGUUAUUUUUUCCUCCGCUGGUCGGAUGAGAGAUACGUAGGUCGGUUCGUUUGACUUUCAAGCAGUGCAAUAGUGUUGGGUGAAGGCCAAACCAAACAAACCGGGGCAACUGCUGGCCUAAUCAAGCAACGCCGUCUUUGGGCAAAGCGCCUAGCCCGCCUACUGAAGCGACUACCUGACCUGCAAUAUUGUAAGGGCACCACCUGGUUGCACGGGGGCCUCAGGCGUUGUUUUCUCGACGUCAGCCGCGUCAGCAGACGAAAAUGUACGUUGAGGUGAAGAGAACGUCCAACAAGCCAUGUAGGCUGUAGGUGAUGAAACUGCUGGGGCUGGCAUCGUGUGAUGGGGAUAUCGUGGAGGCGACCCUGACGAAACAUCGCCAACUUACCUGUUGAACUCUACGAUACU